AUUCUAUAUAUAUACAUCCCCUCUAAAGAAACACUACUAUAUCUCCCUUUUCCCUCUUCUUCUCUUCAAACACAUAUCUCCAUCUCUCAUCUCUCGCCGGCAAAAAUGAAGGUCUGGCCGGCGAUGUCACUUUCCGUCUCUCUUCUCCUUCUACUAUUUCUCUCCACCACCACCUACGCCCACAACAUUACUAAAAUCCUCGCAAAACACCCUGAAUUCUCCACCUUCAACCAUUACUUAACCGUCACACACUUAGCUGCAGAAAUAAACCGCCGACAGACCAUCACUGUCUGCGCAAUUGACAAUGCCGCCAUGAACGUCCUACUUGAAAAACACUUACCCACUUACACUCUUAAAAACGUCCUUUCCCUCCACGUAUUCGCCGAUUACUUCGGUGCCAAGAAACUCCACCAGAUCACUAAAGGAAGUACCCUCACCGCCACAAUGUUCCAAGCCACCGGCGAAGCUCCGGGAACUUCUGGGUACAUCAAUAUCACAAAUAUGAAAGGUGGGAAAGUGGGUUUUGCAACUGAAGACAACGACGGCCAUUUCGCUGCUACUUUCGUCAAAUCCGUCGUGGAAAUGCCGUACAACAUUUCAGUUAUUCAAAUUAGCCAUAUACUCACUUCCGCUGCUGCUGAAGCUCCGGUAGCUGCUCCUAGUGACCUUAAUGUCACCACUUUAAUGGCUAAACAGGGAUGUAAAUCAUUUUCAGAUCUGUUAAAAUCUCACCCAGAUGUAUCCAAGACUUUCGCCGAAAAUGUACAGAGUGGAUUAACAGUAUUUUGCCCCACCGACGGUGUUAUCAGCGCCUUCAUGCCCAAAUUCAAGAAUCUAACAAAAGACGGCCAAGCUUCUUUACUAUUAUACCAUGGAAUCCCUGUUUAUAACUCCAUGGGAAUGUUGAAAUCCAAUAACGGAUUAAUGAACACUUUAGCUACCGAAGGCAAAAAUAAAUACGAUUUCACCGUGCAAAAUGACGGAGAUGAUGUGAAAUUGGAAACGAAAGUCGUAACGGCGAAGAUCUCCGGUACUUUAUACGACGAGGAGCCAUUAUCCGUUUACAAAGUCGAUAAAGUUUUACUCCCAAGAGAAUUGUUUAAAGGGGUAGUAGCUGAAGAACCAGCACCAGCUCCAAAGGGUUCGAAGAAAAAGAAGAAGAGUUCUAAAAAGGGAGGCGAUGACGACGGUUCACCGGAGCCCAGCUCGGAAGACGAUGAAGAUCCGGCGGAUGAUUCAGCAAAUUUGAACUGGGCCAGUAACGUGAAAAGUACUGGGUGGUUUGUUACAGUUGUAAUAAGCAUUAUUUGUGUUGCCAUUAUUUGAUAAUAAUGGGGACUACAUAAUGUUAUUUUGGCUUGCACAUACAUAUGAUUUUAUUUUUCUGUUUUUGAAAGAAUUUUGGUUUUUAAUUUUGAUUGUAUUGUGCAAUUUUUUUUUCUUUACAUUGUAUUUUGUAUUAAAAAAAAAAGGCAAUAAAUUGCAUCUUUUUAUC